CAUUGUAGCUUUUAGAGAGAUUCACAUUGAGUGUUGUGCUGUAGAUUCUGUUAAUUGGUGAAGGGUUUGGCUAGUAUAUUUGUAUGGUAGAUAUUUCAAAUCGACCGUAGUUGUGUUUGUUUUUUUUUUGCAGUCUGUUGAUGUUUGCAGGCCUAGCGCUUGGCCUUGAGCUACCUUUAAACAAUUUAAAAAACGAAGUGCAGGCUACUAAAAGGGCAGACCCCAGUGAAUUAAAAGCAGUAUUCUUGAAGUUUUGUAGUGUCACCAAGGAUGGGGAGCAUUACAUGACUCCAGCAGAUUUUGUGCAGAAAUACUUGGGAUUGCACACAGAUCCACAACACAACCCCAAGACUGUACAGCUUCUAGCUGGCGUAGCUGACCAAACUAAAGAUGGGUUGAUCUCCUUUCAAGAGUUUCUGGCAUUUGAAUCUGUUCUGUGUGCUCCUGAUGCCAUGUUUAUUGUGGCUUUUCAGCUGUUUGACAAGAAUGGCAAGGGAGAAGUAUCAUUUGAAAACAUCAAAGAGAUCUUCAGCCAGACAAUUAUACAUCAUCAUAUUCCUUUCAACUGGGAUUGUGAGUUUAUUCGGCUGCACUUUGGCUUUGACAGGAAAAAGAAUCUUUCAUAUUCCGAAUUUACACAGUUUUUGCAGGAACUACAGCUAGAGCAUGCAAGACAAGCCUUUGCACAAAAGGACAAAAACAAAAGUGGCACAAUUGUGGCUUUAGACUUCAGUGAUAUUAUGGUUACCAUUCGUUCACACAUGCUCACUCCUUUUGUUGAAGAGAACCUGGUCUCAGCAGCAGGUGGAACUACCUCGCAUCAAGUCAGCUUUUCUUACUUCAAUGCAUUUAACUCCUUGCUGAAUAACAUGGAACUUAUUCGGAAAAUAUACAGCACUUUAGCAGGCACAAGAAAAGAUGUACAGGUUACUAAAGAGGAGUUUGCUCAUGCUGCCAAUAAAUUUGGACAGAUUACACCUUUGGAGGUUGAUAUCCUUUUCCAGCUUGUGACUUUGUACAGUCCAACAGGGCGAGUCACUCUGGCAGAUAUUGAACGAAUAGCACCACUGGAGGAAGGAGCUCUACCAUACAACCUGGCUGAAGUCCAGAGGCAGCAAUCUUACAGUGAUACUAGCAGGCCUAUAUGGCUCCAGGCUGUUGAGUCUGCGUACAGGUUCACUCUGGGCUCAAUUGCUGGAGCGGUGGGAGCUACUGCAGUUUAUCCUAUCGAUCUAGUAAAAACCAGGAUGCAGAACCAACGGUCUACAGGAUCCUUCAUUGGAGAACUGAUGUACAAAAAUAGUUUUGACUGUUUCCAGAAAGUUAUACGAUAUGAAGGCAUUUUUGGCCUUUAUAGAGGUCUUUUACCACAGUUGUUGGGUGUUGCUCCAGAAAAGGCCAUUAAACUCACAGUAAAUGAUUUUGUACGAGACAAGUUCACUCGAAGAGAUGGCUCAAUUCCUGUUAUUGGAGAAAUCCUUGCUGGCGGUUGUGCUGGAGGUUCUCAAGUAAUCUUUACAAAUCCUCUGGAAAUCGUGAAAAUUCGACUCCAAGUUGCAGGAGAAAUCACCACAGGUCCUAGAGUCAGUGCACUUUCUGUAAUGCGUGACCUUGGAUUUUUGGGUUUAUACAAGGGUGCAAAAGCUUGUUUUCUCCGUGAUAUUCCUUUCUCUGCCAUCUACUUCCCAGUGUAUGCUCAUACUAAACUAGCUUUUGCAGAUGAGCAGGGUAGGCUGGGUGCGUUGCAGCUUCUUACAGCUGGUGCUAUUGCAGGUAUUCCUGCUGCUUCCUUAGUAACUCCUGCAGAUGUCAUCAAAACAAGACUUCAAGUAGCAGCUCGUGCUGGUCAGACUACCUAUAGCGGUGUUAUUGACUGUUUUAGGAAGAUCUUAAGAGAGGAAGGUCCCAGAGCUUUUUGGAAGGGAGCAGGAGCUCGUGUCUGCCGGUCCUCACCUCAGUUUGGUGUAACUCUGGUGAGUUAUGAACUUUUGCAAAGGUGGAUCAAUAUUGACUUUGGGGGAAUCAAACCUGUUGGUUCUGAGCCUACACCGAAAUCAAGGAUCUCCGACCUUCCGCCAGUCUCGCCUCAUCAUAUUGGAGGAUACAAACUAGCUGCUGCUACUUUUGCUGGUGUUGAAAACAAAUUUGGCCUCUACCUGCCUAAGUUUAGAUCGUCAGGUGUGGCUUCAAUCAAUCCACAAGUAUCACCUGGUUCUCCAAAGUCUUAAAAGAUCUCCCAAGGCAAUGAGGUGCAAUGUGUAAAACUGCAUGUAGGUGGAGGUCAGUUGGAAUUUGAUUGAAAUCAUGUAUUUCCUAAUUAAAUUUUUGUAAUAAUACUAAAUGUUUGAAUUGUUUGCAUUGCAGAAAAUUGUUGCUACAGAAUUUACUUGUAUAAUUUUAGAGAUCAUGUGUAAAAGAUGAAACCAAACUCCACCUACAGCUAGAAAUAAAUACUUAAAACCACUUAAGUUUCAUGAUUGUUUCAAAAAGCAAUGUAUUCAGUUGUUGAUUUCUGACUUGGAUACUGUUGAUAUUUGUUGUGUUGACUGCUAUGGACACUUUAAAAAGUUGUUUUAUUCUUGAUGUGCUUUUUCUUGAUCUUUUCUUCUUUUGCUUAUGAAGCACCAGAAAAAAGUUCAAACAAUGUUUAGCACAGUGCUGCAUUUAAACUUAUUAUUAAUGAAAAAGUAUCUAAUGUUACAAAGUUUAACGCACAUUUUAUUUUGUUCAUUCAUUAAAGUACAGAAAACUUAUUUUAACUUGUUUGGGUUCAAAAAUUGUUUCACAAUAAUGCAAUUGAUAUCAAACUUAGCUGUAGAUAUGGGCAGGUUGGUUAAUGUUUUACUUCUGCACAUUAAGAUUCAAUCUCCGUUGUGGACAGAGCUAAUGCACACUCCGCAAUGAACGUCAAUUGGUUUUUGCGAUGAAAACACUGCUGUAGCAUGAGAAAGUUUUAUAAUGAAAUACCUCCCACCCCGACUUUUGUUUAAUGAUGCUAUGUCACUAAAGAAAGAUUCUGUAUAUUAGACGUGUUGAAAAGAUGAUGAAUGUGCUCAGUAUACAGCAGAAUUCCUUAUGAUUUUUGUAGAUAUUCUUACAGGAGUGAUUAUAUUACUUAAAGUAGUCAAGUGACAACCAACCCUAACAAUUUUCAUACCUUUCAUGAAUGUUAAAUAAGUAUCAGCUUCUGGCUGAAAUGUGUCCUCAGCAUUGCAGAAAAGCCUUUUAACCAUUAUAACAAUAAAAAUCCCAUUAAAAUCAAUAGCUGUAAUACACACAAAGGGAACUGAUACUUCCUUUUGGAAUUGGGUCACCUUUCUAGCUGGCAUAAGAAUCAAACGUAAAUACUCAUUUUAAAUUUUAAGAGUUGCAUUAUUUUACACAACUUGUACUUGAUAUUCAUGUACAUAUUGUACAUCUGUACAGAGACAUCAUAGGGACUGAGUAAAUCAUGAUUAAGUGGUGCAAUAAGCUUGAGUUAAAGGUUGGUGAAAGACAUUGUACAGAUUAAAGUUUUGUUAAAUCAUGUCAGUUAAUUUUAAAUGUUAGAAUAUUAUUGUUUGAAUUAUUUUCAUUGUAUUGAUUUCUUUAAUGAGAAUGAGGCUGUUAGAUUUGGUAUCUGAAUUGCCAGGAAGUCUGGAUCUAAUUUUAGGCCAUCAGUAAAUCAAUCUUAGCUCAAAAACUUGCUUUUUAUGAUGUAAAUUUCAGCACAUUUGCUGAAGGUGUUCUUGAUUUUGUAAUUGGGUGUUUUGGUGUUUCUCAGUGAACUGAAGCUACAUCUGAAUUGUGUACAGACUUAAGGUUUCCUUAUGCAUUAUUCAAGUGUGCCCAGUAAAUUACCACCAGCAGUUUGUGUGACAAGGAAUACAUCUAAUGUGACAUUUCUACAAUUAAACUGUAUAUAUGGCAGAUGAAA